CCUCGCCAUCCGAAGAUCGAGCACCAUCCGAGCAACCAAACCACCGCAUCAACAUAUCCAGCAUGAAGUCCAUCGCCGGCCUCGUCGCUCUCAUCGCAACAAGCACAGGCGUGCAAGCCCAAGGCCCAGGGAAUCGCCCAGGGCUCAGCUACCCAUCAGCUUGCGGCUACUGGCUCGUUAACAACGCGGGUUUGACACAGAGCGACAUCGCUAAGUUAAGAUGCGACAGGACCGACACGUGCAACGGCGAGGAAUGGAACAGCGUCUACCAUAUGAGCAUUACGGGCCAGUGGUGGGGCGGGUCGCAGUUCUGCAGUUCGGGGUGUUAUGUGUGGACCGAGGGGAACGCGCAGAAGGCUGGGUGUCAUUAG